UUUGUCUUGUUUAUUCCGUUAAAAAUAAUACUUUAAAUAGGAAGUUAAUGUUUUAAUACAAAACACACAAUCCUUUUUUAAAAUGGACUUGAAAACAUUUGCUGAAGAAGAUUUUGAUCCGAAGAAGUGGAUUAACAAGGCUUGGAGUGCUAGUGGUAACCAGGAGAAAGAGAUAUUUGUUGCAAACUCUGUAACCAGGCUUCAAUUGUACAUGAAACAGCUAACUAAUUCUCUGGAUGAGACUACCACACAGAUAGUGACUUCAAUACCUCGCAUACUUCAAGAUGCGUCAGCUCUCCAAAUGGAAGGUGCUCUUCUUCAGCAGAAGCUCUUGAACUUGGAGAGCAAAGUCCAGGGUGUUGAGGAGCAGACUGGACACUCCAUUGAGAGUCUACAGCGGAUUGACCAGCUUAAGAGCCGGUUGGAGAAUGCAGCAUCAGCGUUACGCGAAGCAGACAAAUGGGCAGCAUUGGCAGUUUCCCUGGAAGACAUUUUGGAAGCUGGUGUACCCACACAGACCGACAAGUUGCACGAGCUGGCUGAGCAGGUAGCUGCCAUGACAGGGAGCCUGGAGGUUCUUGGUGACGCGCCAGACUACGAGAACAAGAAACUUCAACUAGAGACGCUAUAUAACAGGCUAGAAGCGGCAGUCAGUCCGCCUUUGAUUGAAGCUCUCACUCAAAUGGACCCGGACAAAACAGCUACUUAUGUAGCGCUAUUCAGCGGUAUGUCCCGUAGCGUGUCUGUGCUUCGCUGCUGGCGACGGGCUGCUGCAGCUCGGCUGGCCGCCGCCUGGAGGAGACUAGAUCAUCACUCUAUAUACGCCUUGACUAGGUUGUUAACUGCCGAUGCUAAUAAACAGGUUGAAUGGUUAACUGAUGUGCUGAAGUCGGAGACUCCUGUUUCAGAAUUGAUCAAACUAUACACCGAUUUAUUGGUCUCCUUGGAACCUUCGCCUAGUAAGGUAGUGUCGGCAAAUCUGAAGCUAUCUUCUUCUCCUGAUGAAGGCCUAGUACUUUUGACAGAUCUAAAAAGAGAUAUAGACGAAUUCGUGGCCUGUAUCAAGAGUAUUAUGGAUGCGCCUAGGCAGAAUAAAGAAACAAUACAAUCAUCAACCCUAAAAGAACUGGGCAAAGCUGCGUAUGCGCCUUUAAGAGAGCUACUACCGCGGUACACUGAACUACAAAGUCAGCUGUUUUUGGCGAACUUGAACGAUCCUAUGUUAAAACAGGACGAUCUUCUAGAACAAUCCAGGGCACUUCUAUCAGUAGCCGAACGAUGCGACUCCUGGAUGGACGCUGCGUACAAUAAAGCAAAGAACAUAGCUGGUACAGCCAUUUACCCUUACUACGCGCCAGCUGUUGAGGUAAGUCUUUCGAUUUCAUAACGUCCUGGUACUUUUCGUCAAUGUAUACGUGCACGAAAAGACGUUUAAACCAGUUUCCAAUCGCCUUUCA